ACUGGAUAUGUGCAUUCAUGCCUGGAUAGUAUAUGCCUACAUUUUCAUUUGACCUAUUUGGUUCGCACCAUCUUCUCUUCUUCGGGCUCCAGUCCGUACUAGCAGCCAUGGCUUUAUUCUAUCUGCGUUGGAACAGCUCGUGCAGAGACUGUUCAUAUGUAUUGUCCGAUCCCCCCACGCCUCUGGAUUAGAGCGUGUUACGCUGGGCUUCCUCCAGACGCACACGCCUCAUUGCGAUGUGAUGGCGAUGAUCG